AGCAGCUACUGCCGCCUCAGUCGCCUCAGUCGCUUCAGGCUUGGUCGCCUCAGGCUCAGGCACCACCGGGAUCUUCAGUCCUCACCCCCAGCCCCGCCCCGGCCGCCCUCCCGUGGGCCGGCCCGCGGGCACGCCCUCUGCCGCGGGACAGGGCUGCCUACAGAGGGAAGCUCCUCACAUGGUUCCAUAUGGACAGUGUCCUUGCCCACGGGGAAGCAGGCGGGCUGGCAGGACAGGCGUCCCCAGGCCGGGAGGAGGAGCCGCUCGCAGGUCACGGGGCCCCACGACCCAUCAGCCCUCCCGCGAGUCGCCAGAACCAGCUCUGAUGCUCUAGGUCCCGAGGGUGAGCCCACGCUGUCUAUGGAUCUGCUCUGACGCGUCUAGCCUGCUUAUGGGGGAAGGUGACACCAUCUGGGCCCCAUCUGUCCUUCCUCACGGCGCCCUCGGCACCUUGAGCCACCACCCCCAGCUGCAUUUUGGAAGAAAGAUGGAGUCCAAGGUCUCGGAAGGUGGCCUGAACGUGACGCUGACCAUCCGCCUGCUGAUGCACGGAAAGGAAGUUGGCAGCAUUAUCGGAAAGAAAGGAGAGACCGUGAAGAAGAUGCGUGAGGAGAGCGGGGCAAGAAUCAACAUCUCGGAGGGAAACUGCCCAGAGAGAAUCGUAACCAUCACGGGCCCCACGGACGCCAUCUUCAAGGCUUUUGCCAUGAUCGCCUACAAGUUUGAAGAGGACAUCAUCAACUCCAUGAGCAACAGUCCAGCCACCAGCAAGCCUCCGGUGACGCUGAGGCUGGUGGUCCCUGCUAGCCAGUGCGGGUCCCUGAUUGGCAAAGGCGGCUCCAAGAUCAAAGAGAUCAGGGAGUCCACAGGUGCCCAGGUCCAGGUGGCCGGGGACAUGCUGCCCAACUCCACAGAGCGGGCAGUGACCAUCUCGGGGACCCCGGACGCCAUCAUCCAGUGUGUCAAGCAGAUCUGUGUGGUCAUGCUGGAGUCCCCACCGAAAGGUGCCACCAUUCCCUACCGCCCAAAGCCCGCCUCCACCCCUGUCAUUUUUGCAGGUGGUCAGGUAAGAGCCGACCCGCUCGCGGCCUCCACUGCCAACCUCAGCCUUUUACUGCAGCCCCCGCCGCUGCCCGCCUACACGAUCCAGGGACAGUACGCCAUCCCUCACCCAGAUCAGUUGACCAAGCUCCACCAGCUGGCCAUGCAGCAAACCCCCUUUCCUCCCCUCGGACAGACCAACCCCGCUUUCCCCGGAGAAAAGCUGCCUUUACACUCCUCCGAAGAAGCUCAAAAUCUGAUGGGCCAGUCGUCAGGUCUGGACGCCAGCCCCCCGGCCAGCACUCAUGAGCUCACCAUUCCCAAUGAUCUAAUAGGCUGCAUAAUUGGACGCCAAGGGACCAAAAUCAAUGAAAUUCGACAGAUGUCUGGAGCACAGAUCAAAAUCGCCAAUGCCACGGAGGGGUCAUCAGAGCGCCAGAUCACCAUCACGGGGACCCCAGCCAACAUCAGCCUUGCCCAGUACCUCAUCAACGCCAGGCUGACAUCCGAGGUCACCGGAAUGGGCGCUCUCUAACCCCACUGCGCCCCUACGCUCACCACCUGUGCAGACUGCCCCCCACCCCCCGCAGAUGUAGAGGUUUCUUUACCAACAGAAGCUAUCUGUGCCUGCCCUAGACCUCUGCCCACAGUGCUCCAAGUGUGUCUGGGGCCCCCCGGCUCCACCCUGACACUGCUCCAAGUUCAUUUACGCCUGCUACUCACGCGUUGGCAUGCCAUGUCCAUUAUGUUAAAGGCUUUGUGGCCACUCCCAUCCAUGACGCUCUAGAAAUGUCGUUCCUUAGUGUCCGUGUACCUUUUUAAGACUUGGUUUGACAUGUGGACGUUGUCUCCGAGGCCCCAAAGCUGUGGCCGCAGGAAGCCGCCCCUCCCGGUGGGCAGGAGAGUGGAGGGCUCGGGGUCGUGACAGGGGAGGAUGGAGCGGGCUGCUGGGCCCCAGGCAUCUGUCCUUGGGGCUGAGAGUGUGGACCAGCUGGGAGGCACCUCUGCACUGGGAGCCAGUUCAAUAAAUGAUGCGCGCUGCCCCUCAUCUUGGACUCCUCUCUGUGACCUCCCCACCCCUCCCCCCACCACCAUGCUCAGACCCCAAACAUGUCAAGGAGCGGCUCCACCUUCUCAGACAAAGUGAGAUUCCACCUGCUCCCACCUUCAGGGUUUGGCUUGUAUGAGUCUUGCUCAUCUUACUUCUGCAAAGCUGCUUGGAUGGCAGAGAUGUAACCCCAAAUCCAGUGUCUGCAGGUGAGGCCUCCCCGUCCUUCCCCUAGUCACACUGUGCACUCAGUGGCCCUGAGCUUCCCAGUGGGAGCCCAUCCUUCUCCACUGCCCCACCCCAGCUUAGCCCACCUGUGCUCACCCACAGAGCCCACCACAUACCUCUCUGUGCUGAAGCCUGGGGGACCCAGGCCUGAGGCAGAGGGCUGCCUUAUUAUGUGGCCCUGGGCCGCAUGGGCACCGCCUCCUUGGGCCAGAUCUGGGCUCACGGGUGCUGUGGCAGGUGAGGGUCUGGAGGUGAGGCGAGGCCAAGCCCCUGCCAUAGGCACCAGCAUGACCGAGAGUCCGAGCAGCCCAUGGGGCUCUUCCUCGGUGCCCACCCCUCGGCAGGAGCCCCUCUGUGUCUGCCCCGUGAGGAGGCUGCCCUGCUCCUCAGACGCCGGCCAGGCCUCCAGUGCUCGGGCCCUACAGGCAGCCUGCCCCGCCCUCCCUGCAGUUCACUGGUGGAGGCUGGGUGCACAGCAUAGAGGCGCCCGGCUAUACUGCAAGCCCAGCCGUUUAGGGCUGCAGCUCACUCACCCACUGGACACGGCCAGGUGCAGGCCACAAUUCGGGGCCUGGAGGCGACAGGGAUGAGGUGGGCAUCAGCCUUCCUCUGGGGACCUCAGUCAGCGGUGUGUGCCCAGUGGACAGGGUGAGGAGUGCCUUAGAGAGCCAGAGCCAAGCGUGGGGUGGGGGGAAUGUAGGAAGUGCUGUGUCAAUGCUGGGGCUCGAGAAGCCGCAGGCCGAGGGGGAGCUGAGAUGUGGCCCUGCAGUGAACUCAAUGGAGGAGAACAGCAAGUCGAGGGGCAGCCAGGGCAGCAGGAGCUGGUUCAGGGGGGCAGGGGGCACAGGAAAGAUGGGGUGGGGCUGGGCCAGGGCACUGGCUCUGGAGGAGGAACACAGUCCUCCCUUUGGAUCCUGAGUGUGCUGUGGGAGAAAGAGGGUCCAGGCUGCUUGCGUGGAGCCCCUCACCCUGAGGCAAACAGCAGUAGCUGUAGAGACUGCAGCUGAGGGUGGGGGAGAUGGGAGCAUGGUUGGGGACAUGCCGGGGUUGAGAUACGCCAGCCCCACCGUCCAGGCAGGAGAGGCAGGGAAGCGGCAGGCCAGGUGCCACAGGAGGAGCCCUGAGGGGCACCACACAGGACACGCCCUGGGCAUCAAGAAGCAGGGUCUCACUUGUGCCACCCGGCGUGGGACCCAGUGUGAGGCCCAAACGAGAUGCCGGUGUACCAGGCGUGUUGCCAACCCCAGCUGAUGCCCGGCACCUGGAGGGGCAGGCCUGCCUGCAGAGCAGGCUCACACCUCCAUGCUCACAGAUACAACUGCUGUGGAUGUUCCUGUACGAGUCUUUGUCGGAGGUAAAUACCUAGGAGUGAAGUGACUGGGGCUCAUGCCGUGUGUGUCUAAGAAACUGUCGAGCUGUCGUCUGACAUGGUUGGAUCGUUGUUUGUUCUCUCCAUGUUGCAUGAAAGCUCCAGUUGCUCCGUGUCCUCAGCAGCGUGAGGUGUGCUCGGGCUUCUUAAUAUUAGCCGUUUUAUGGGGUGUGAAAUGGCAUUUCUUCGUGAUUCUAGCAUUUCCGUUAUGGCACAAUGUUGAGUAUCUCUUCUCUCCUGAAGUGUUUAUUCUAAUCUUUUGCCUGUUUCUUACUAUGACCUUAUGAGAUACAUCAUAUGCUUUGUAAAUAUUUUCCUCCAUCUU